UCCUGUGACGGACAAAUGGCGUCCCUCCAGUGUAGAGCAGCUGAUUUCCUACCAGGCACGGCAGCAGAAACGACUGAGAGAUAAACACACCGCCCCCGGUUCUGUUCGUAACCGGACAACCGCUUGGUUUUCGGUGGAUUUAUGUAGCAAAGUGUCGCGCGGACGCUACAUAGUUUAGCUUAGAAGCGUCUUCCGCUGUCAGAUAGACUUAGCUUAUAGCCUGUGCGUAUUUAGCUACGGUGUUGUUUUGUUUUGGUUUUCCUUUUUUUUUUUUUUUUUCUUUCCUCGCUCGUUGGUGUGAGUGUUUCUCCGGGGCCUGAGCUCGGGCGACAGUAGCGGGUCAAAUGUUUCCACCCCGCCGUAUGAACAUGGGCAUCACCCCUUCUGUCAGAGCCUCCUCCUCCUCUUCCUCCUCUUCCUCCUCUGCCUGACUGUUUUGGCCGUCUCAUCGUUAAUCCAAUUCAGGAGAUCAUCUUUUCAACCUUUCCCGAGGUUACACCAUCAAGACGGCGUUAUCUCAGAAAGCCAGCUCUGUGGCGGUGAAGAUGACCACGGCACGGUACCGUCCCACCUGGGAACUGGCCGUGGACCCUCUGGUCUCAUGUAAGCUGUGCCUUGGAGAGUUCCCCCUGGAGCAGAUGACCACCAUCACACAGUGCCAAUGUGUCUUCUGUACACUGUGCCUGAAGCAGUAUGUGGAACUCCUGAUUAAAGAAGGCCUUGAAACCGCAAUUAGCUGCCCAGACUCUGCCUGUCCCAAAAGAGGACACCUGCAAGAAAAUGAGAUUGAGUGCAUGGUGGCCACAGAGAUGAUGCAGAGAUACAAGAAGCUUCAGUUUGAAAGAGAGGUGCUGUUGGACCCGUGCCGGACGUGGUGCCCUUCUUCGACCUGCCAGGCCGUGUGCCAACUGAAGGAGGCCGACUCCCCGGCGCUGCCCCAGCUGGUCCAAUGCGCCGUCUGCGCCCUGGAGUUCUGCUCGGCCUGUAAGGCCAACUGGCACCCUGGGCAGGCCUGUCAGGAGAACAACCUGCCCAUUACCUCCUUCCUACCAGGAGAAAACAGCUCUUUCUAUAAGAACGAGGAGGACGACGCUCCGAUCAAACGCUGUCCUAAAUGUAAAGUUUACAUCGAACGGGACGAGGGCUGCGCUCAAAUGAUGUGCAAGAACUGCAAACAUGCCUUCUGCUGGUACUGUCUGGAAUCCUUGGAUGACGACUUCCUCCUGAUCCACUAUGACAAAGGGCCCUGUCGAAACAAACUGGGCCACUCCAGGGCAUCUGUUAUCUGGCACAGAACACAGGUCGUUGGUAUUUUUGCUGGUUUCGGUCUGCUCCUGUUGGUCGCCUCCCCUUUCCUCCUCUUGGCCACUCCCAUCGUCCUUUGCUGCAAGUGCAAGUGCAGCAAAGGGGACGACGACCCGCUGCCGACCUAAACGCCAUCGUCAGCGCCGAAGUGGAGAGCCGCUUUAAGGAUGGGCCAUCGUAUUUUCCUUUUCACCCCUUCACAUUCUUUUCCUCCCACCAGCUUUGAGUGCUUCAUUUUUUGGGCUGAGCCGGCAGCAGCCCCGGGCGCUUCGGGAUCCAUCGCUCUGCAUGAGAGAGAGGAGGCGUGGUUAGAAAACCUUGGCGUGAGGGGAGGCGCAAGGUCAAAGGUCGGAGGAGGAGGUUUCUAAAGGACGGCGGUGUCCGUGCGUGGGACAUGGGUGGUUUUCGGGUCAUUUCUCGUGGCCCGUAUCCGUGGGUUACCGUGGUGUGGUAUCUCACCGGAGGGGGGGGUUAUUUUACAAACCGGUUCUAAAAACGUUCUUCUCUCGUAUGGACAACGUAACGCAGGAGCUACCUGAAAAAGAACUUUUUCCUUUUAUCGCUCUGUUUUGUCGGUUUGUCGUACGCAACAAAAGCUUUUUUCCCCCCACCCACCGCCACACUCGAUGUAGCUCUACAGGUUCAGUCAGUAGCAUUAGAGUCGCACCACGCAUGUUUGGUGUUCACUCGAUUUGCACACGGAGCAUGAUUUCUGUAUCAUGUUCGUGACUGAGGUAGAGGUGGGAGGCUGUCACUCUCAACUCGAUGUACAGCACGUCCUCUUGAUGAUGUCAAUGUUUUAUAACCUGUCGCUUUUAAUAGAACUGUGCUCAGAGUAGUGUCUGUGAUGUACUUUUGAGUGUUUUUUUUUUUUCCCCUGAAAUGGUUAGGGAUACACAUUAAAGAGGACGGCCACUCAAGGAUUUUAUUUCUGAAAUCUUUAUGAGCUCCAGAUAUAAAACAUGGAGUCAAAGUCUUUUUUUUUUUUUUCUUCUAAAACUAUUGUGUUAAGAAGAAGGAAUUGAGUCGUGGUCCUCUUUAAUUUCAGAAUCCACAUGUUGUGGAACUAGUUAACCACUCACUAGAGGCCUAGUUCACACUGGUGUGGAUAUUUUUUACAAACUAUUAUUUCCCUCUGCUUUAAAAAAAAA